ACGAUAAGUCUGGCGUUUCCCCUUUUAUUUUUGAAAAAUGUCAGAAUCUCGAAAAACAUCAAUUGAAAGAAUCAUUAAACAGCAAGCUUGCUCUUCGGCCAGGAAGUCUAGAGCUAGUGGAAAAGGGUGUCCUUCAGGUGGAUCCAGGGGUUGACUCACUCAUUCGACGCGGCUCAAUUGCUUAUCCAAGAGUCAAGUCCUCCAAUGUUCCAUCCUCAGUUUUCGAUUCAAAUGUAUUUGCCUCAUCUAAUCUUAAUGCUAAUAAUUGCGGAAGUACCGUAUCAAACAACCAUGUUGACCUGCCUAAUCAAGUCAUAGCGGAAACACCGGAGUAUCAUGAGGAUGCGAUCAAAAAAGGAUUAACCCAACCUCAAACUAAAUGCAAUCAGCUUUCAAAUACACUUAAUGAUACUCCUCAGCUUGCCUCACAUACCACCUACUCUAAUAGAGAACGCAACACUUCGGCAUCUGGUAGAUCUGUUACAAGCCGUUCUAUUCGGGAGGAAACCGUCGUUUACCGUCUAGGUUCUUUUGUCUUUCAUAACUACCAGCCAACUUCUUCCAAAAGCAACACCGCUUCAAGUAACUACGUAUUACAAGUUAAGCAACGAGCUAGAGAGGCUCAACAGGCUGAACUAUUGCACCUGCAAGAUACGGCCCAAGCUAGGCGUUGUGUGGAAAGAGAACUUUGGCGCUUAAAUAAUUCUCCGGCCUCUCCAUCUAUAAUUUCUUCUCCUUGCCCUGUGGUUAAAACAAUGAGAAAUAACCGUAAUGCUAGUGAGGAAGAUCAGUUUCAAAAUUUUGAAUCUUACUCCGUUGAUCAAGCUGACUCAUGUCUGGGUUUUCAUACAAGUUCCACGACCUUUUUAGGUGAAAAUACUUUAGAUUUUGAUCCAUCCGCAAGUAACGGCUUAGAACAACUGAAAUUAACCGAGCUAAGGGCUGAAUGUCGUGAACGCGGUCUUUAUAGAUCAGGUACUAAAGCGACUCUAGUUCGUCAGCUGGCGCCUUAUCGAGAUGAAGUUCUAGCCAAAUAUGCAAUCAACUCUUCUUCAAAUGCAUCUUUUUCUGAAAGCCAGCAGGCUACAUCGGCAUUAGCCUCCCCACCUUUAUUAUCAAGCGUGAAUCCAAACCUUAUAUCUGCAGUCAGUUCAUCCAGUUCUCAGUCUUCAUUUUCUACUAUUUCUUCAGCUCUUGCGCCACUUAUUAUUGCUACUCCACGCUCGCUAAACCUGAGUCCAUCUGUAGCUUCAUGCUCCGUCACAGCUUCUAAGCCAUGCAGGACGCAGCAGCAGUCUCACUCAAUCAUCAUUACGCCGGUGGCUUCUCCGAAUACCGUAUCGUCUACUACUCAUCUUUCUUUUCCUAUGCAUGCUCCACCUAAUGGGGCUUCUACAAGUAAUAUCGAUGGCACUGUCAUUGUUUUUUCAGAGUCCGAUAUCAAGAUUGCAUCUGUCGUUAGCCCAGCAACUAAUUCAAACCCUCUGCUUUCAACAACAAACUGCAACAAUCGGCUUUUGUUGACUGCCAACACGCUUAGGCAUUCCCUGUCCGCUCCUCAAUUCUUCGAUCAGUUGGCGGCUAUCAAAGCUGAUGGUGUCACGGCUUUGCCAAACAACUCCACUCAGCCAACCCAAAUGGUUUCUACCUUGCUGGAUGGGGACCACAGCCUCCUCCCUGGGUUGUUCGGUGCUACCGCGGUAUAUGCGAUUUCACAGCAGAAUGGCACUAUUCUCCUCGGACAGUUGCCGACUUCGCAACCAGUUUCGGUAUCUCUUCUCCACUCAACCAGCUACGGUCCGGCAAAUCCCUCUACUGCUCCUAUCUCGACUUCAGCUGCCUUGAGUAACCCAGAAUCCACCUCGGCGACCGCGACUGCUUCUUUAUUUGCUUCUACAACUACUGCUUCUAUUGCUACGGCCGGUAGGGCCAUCUGCCAUCUUACCUCUGCUCUCUCAGCUAAUUCUAAUAAAAAUACAGCUACUCCGACGCUUGGCCUUUCUUUACCCCCUAUUCUGCCCCUUGGUCUCACUUCAGGGUCAACUUCAGCAUCACCUACCACAAAGCAGAAUACGCUACCGGAUUCGUCGGCUCUGCCCGUAGUCUUAAAUACACAAACAACCCUGGCGAACGUCGGUCUAUCUCCUUCACUUUCUCUCUCCUCUCCUUCACCACUAGUGCCGCUUCUC